AUGGGCUUUAAUGACCUCAUGCACCCGAGAAAUAUCUACAGAAACGCUCCACCAGACUUCAAAGUGCUUGGUGAAAAAUUCGACUACUUUAGGAAGCAUACGAAGGAAACUAAACCCGGACGAUUCACUUUGAAUUUUAAAAAUCCUGAGGCGCUGCGAGCUUUAACUUGCGCUUUGCUCGAGCAUGACUUCAAGAUCAAAAUCAGCAUCCCAUUAGAUCGACUUAUCCCCACAGUGCCUCUUCGGCUUAACUACGUCUUGUGGAUCGAAGAUCUUCUCUCAUGCCUUUCAGAAGAUCACUGUCACGCAAUUGUGCGUGGGUUUGACAUUGGUAAGAUCACGAAUUUCUCAUUUAGUCUCCUAAUAAAACGCGAUUAAACCGUUUUCGAAACUAUAGAAAGGGAAACCGAUCAUUUUAUUAACAGUUUUUCUGUAAGACAAAUAAUCUUUUUUGAUGGCUGUAUUUUGUGGGUGGGUUUUGAUUGCAUUCAUCGCCUGCGUAACAGCCAGCUAGCAACGCAGGCUAUUGAAUUCUUGUUAUCUGUAGCUUAGGAAGUGUCACGCAAUAAUAAUAAUAAAUGUUUGCGAUCAGCAACGAGUAAAAAUGGUAAUGUUUUGGUGGAUCAUAAGCAGAACUGAGUUGUGGUGGAUCAAUUUCUUAAAUUAUAUUUUGUUGCUUUCAUUAAUUGCAAACAAAAUCUCUGACCAAUCUUCACAUUUUCCUCCCUCAGUUCACUGCAACCCGCCCCCGCCCCCCAACCCUUAAUCUUUUUGCUGGGCCUUUGUUCAGCAUUUGUUGCAUUAAUUUAAUAGACUAUGUGGUGAAAAAAUAAAGCCAUUCUUGCCUUAAUAACCUAACUGUGUUUUCAGAUAUGUUUUUUUGUUUUUAAUUUUGCCAUUUCGUGUUAUUUUGUACUAGGAUCAGGUGCCUCCUGCAUCUAUCCACUGUUAGGUGCUAAACUCAACAACUGGCAUUUCUUGGCAACUGAGGUAGAUGACUUGUCAGUUUCAUAUGCUGUAGACAAUGUGAAAAGCAAUGGCUUGGAAAAUAACAUUAAAGGUAAGAAAGCAUUCAUGCGCAUUGUAGAUUUUGCUGACUAGUUUUAAAGAUUACUAUCCAUGAUACAUUGAUUAACUGGAGUGUGAAAAAUUAGAUAAUACAGCUCAUCCUUGUGAAAAAUUUCUGGAAGACAUAGCAUCCUCCAUUUCAACCAGAUUGUCCUGAAAAGUUUUGUGUCAUUUGGAAAACCAUGGUCACUCUUUAACAACCAUUUUUGCGCCCUAUUUUGCUGUGUUUUUGCUGGUCAGUCUCAAUCUUAUGGCAAAAAAUAAUAUAUCAACAAUAUCACCUUUGCACUGGGAAAACAACAAUGCCCAUACGGAAAAGAAAUAAUUCUAGCAUUUUUCAGACCAGCUAAAAAUCUCAUUUCAUUUAGUGAAACAGGUAACCAAUGACAACUAUCUCAAGAAACCCACUGAAGAGGAAGACAACAAAGAAUUUGAUUUCUGCAUGUGCAAUCCACCAUUCUUUAAGAAUGAGUUUGAGGCUUCUCAUGGGAUAACACGCAGCAUCAAACGUCCUCAGCCUAGCGGUGUGUGCACUGGAACAGAAACUGAAACUGUUGCUGGAGGGGGUGAGGUGGAAUUUGUUAAAGAAAUUAUCAAAGACAGCCUCGUUAUGAAAGAGCAAAUCAGGUAUUGUGACCCAUGGCUGUAAUUUUGCAUGCACAUGUAACCAGAUUACUACAAUAUUUAUUUCUAACAAGAGUUUCUGUACUUAAGUCGAUAAUAAUUCAAUUCCCUGCUGUUUUCUUGCUAUGAGAGACCUCUGCUCUGGGGGCGGGGGGGGGGGGUACUGCCAUAUGUGGGCUAUAUAGAUUGGUAUGUGCCGCCGUGAAGGGUAUGGUUUUCAAGCAGUUUACUCUAGUAUAGGGUAUAUAAAUCAGAGCAUUUGGGUCUAGAAUAGGGUAUCAUUUUUAAGGAAACUGAUCAGUUGGUUGAAGAUUUUAUCUAGACUAGGGAUUGUGGUAUAAGGUUUUGUUUUGGCUAGACUGUGCUAGUGACCUCAGUAGUUUCUGGAAAACUCUAGGAUAAGGGGGACUUGGGGAGUUACUCUAGUAUAGGGUAGCAAAAUUCAGCUGAACUAGCUCUGGGAUAGGUUAAGGGUUCCAGGCUCCCAGCUGCACAUCCCCACCCAGAAAUUCCUAAAGUACACCCCUUCCCCCAGGCCUUUGCUAGCUGAGGAACAAUUCAACAUUUAUUUUCAUUUAUUUGCCAUUAAUUCAAAUAUGAAAAAAGACCUAUCUUUGACGUGUUAAUUGUGUUUUGUGCAUAAUGAUCAAUCAGUGGUCUGUGAUUCAAAAGCUAAAUUAGACUUUUUUCGUUAAUUUUUAGCUGGUACACUACAAUGCUUGGCAAGAAGUCAAGUGUAGCCCCUAUCCUUGCUUUUCUCAAAGAAAAUGAUGUAAGUACAGUAAUUAUGAUACAUAUCUGCACCAAAACAAGAUCAUUGUGGCACAUGUAGCACAGGCUCAAAAAAUCUACCUUUCAAUUUUUUUUUUGGGUGGGGGGGUGGGGAGGGUGAGGAGUGGGAGGGGGUUUGGAAUGGGAGUCUAGACAACAGGCAGCAGCAGUCCCAUUCCCUGUCAGGUGGAAUUAAGAAAGCUCAGUGAUAGAGCAAUUAUAAUUAUCAGGAAGACUGAAAUGCAUUCUUAAAAGAGAUACUGGCAAAACUGUCUGGCAAGCACUGAAUGGUUUAUGUUAUGAUUACUUUUGCCUUGCCAGAGUAAAUCAAUUGCAGGUUAAGAAGGACAAAUGAGACUUACUCCCUACUCACGUCUUUUUCCUGUAUGUGGUUAGCCAUUGGCUUUAAAAAUCCUGCAUAUGAUUAUAUAUUUGUUUGUAUACAAAAGAAAGACGCUUUCUUAUUUCAAAUACUUUUUUUGUUUCCAACCUGUCAACUGUCAGUUUCUUUCUCCCCCAGAUAAAGACUAUAACAACCACUGAGUUUUGCCAGGGGCACACAAUGCGCUGGGGUGUGGCCUGGUCAUUUUUACCUGAUGUGGUCAUGCAGGUAUGGUAGGAUUUUGGUAGGACAUUUACUAUUGGUGACUGUGAAUCAAAAGAAUAGUUUGUCCUAUCCUUUGUCUUAUCCCUUUGUUUUGUACCACCAGUUGGAAGUUAUCUUAUUUUGCUUCCAGCAUGUUUAUCUGUGCUUGGACUAGUUGCAUGUCUUGUGCACAUGUAUAUUCGCCUCAUGUAAGGGAAUCCAAGACAGUCUUGGAUUCUGGAUUUCCCUUACUGGAUUUCGGAUUUUUUGUCAGUGGAACUUAGAUUCCAGAUUCCAAUUGAUUGAGAGAUACUGGAUUUUUUUUAGCUUUCUCCAGAUGUCAAAGCCUAGGAUCUGGAUUCCACAAGCCAAAGUUCCCAGAUUCUGUGAUUAAAAUAACUUACCCUCUAUGCCGUUUCCUCUCCUUCAGGAAUCUCCUUCAAAACGCCGUAAAAAAGCAAAAAAGGCAAAGCCUCUUCAGCUGAUUAUUCCCAACGAAGUUACAGCCACAGAAACAGGAUGCGACAAGGAGCUUAAACUAACAGACAGGGUGAAGGCAACAGUAGAUUAUGUCAGGAAGACACUGUAUGAGUUAAAGGUAAGUACCUUCCUGUAUCUGGUAAUCCCUGCACAAAAUUGGACGUUAUUCAUUUUAACUAGAGGUUAAAAAUUCUAGGUAUAAUGUUGCGAGCAGACGCAGGGCAGUAGAACAUCAUCUGAGAGACGAUGAACUGACAUACACAUUUUUCUAAUUGCAGACCCUUUAAUUGGGCCAAUGAAUAGUUGUGGGAUAAAGGAGUACUUGGGAGUCUUACAAUGACGAAUUUUUCUGUGAUUUGGGUCUUUAUUGGCCAGUUUUUGUUUUUACCCAUACGAAAAUUACUGUGAAGUAUAUGAAAUAAUUCAUUUUUGAACUGCGGUUGUAGAUGAGAGUGAAGAAUGAUCAUCGCAGUAAAUUUUCCAGUUUAAGCAAUUGGAAAGAAGAAGCCUGAAAAAAAAAAAAAUUUUCAGGCUUCUUCUUUCCAAUUGCUUAAAUUGGAAAAUUUACUGCGAUGAUCAUUCUUCACUCUCACGAAAAUUACUGUGAAUCUGUUUGCGCGCGCUAAAAUGUGAGAAACGUAGCGCAAUUAGACAAACCUCUUGGUCUUGGAUUGGCAAUGCAGGACAUACGUGCUAAAAAUUAUUCUGACAAACAUAAAUCUGAUUUUACGCCUUGAUAGCAACAGGACACCUAAGGAACCACGGAGAACCCAAAGAUAAGUGUACUGCUCGCCUGGGGGCUCGUAGCAACUAUGAAACUCUAUGAUAAUUAGUGGGAUGAAUCAUGCAAAUUUGUUCUCUUUGAGUUAUGGCUUGAUACAACUGCGCGAUUAAGAGCCUAGCGUGUCCCAGGCUAUCAGUCAACAAGGACAAGCCAAAAGAACAAUCAGUGCAUGAAAAAACUGGGAGCCUUGAACAGGCUUGUAUGAGUCUAGUCAUCCCAUAUUACGUCGUACAUAUUUAAGUCCAACUUGUUAGAACACUCCUUUAGUUUUCUCUGUGGCAGGUCUCGUGAUCCUUAUAAGUGGGAUCGUUCGCUUCAUCAUUCGCAUGUGGGAAAGCUGCGCAUACUUUUCUUUAAUAAUUUAGCUUGUAUUUCGUACUUUAGAAUACUCAGUUGAAUAUUUUAUGUUGCAUUCUAUCGUUAAGGUUGCUGUGACUAAAGCGCAUGAUGAAACAGACAAAUCAGCUGGGGUAUUGACCUUCCAUUGUCGUGCCUCAGACAAAACUUGGGCUCAUCAGCGGAGAAAACGGCGGGAACUGCUUAGAAAAAAAGUUGGACAAGAAAACCAUGGAGACUGUCAGACUCAUGAUGAAGAGUUAGCCGCAAAAGAAACAGCAGAAGAUACUACUCUUCAUGACAUCAACUCCCAAGAUACUUCAGGAGAAAAAAGCACAGGUACGGAAAGCUUAAAAGCCAAUGAGACGUUAACAAAUUCUGACGUUUCUCAAGUCGAAGAAUUCAAAUCGCGCGAAGAUCCAUCACAAAGUAAUGAUACUCAACAAGGCAGUACUCUCCCCAGAUCUCUCUUGUCGUUCGUGGUUCGAGUUGGGGCUGGUGCUGAGAUAAGUAGUGAGCUGCCGCCUGAUUGUGUUGUGUUGGAAAUGACGUGGGUUGACGGACAGGACAAAAACGAUUUAUAUCAGUUAUAUCAGUACUUUCAGAAUAAACUUGUCAGAGGGUUUUAG